UUUUGCGACACUUCGCUGACGUCGGUCGAACUUUGCGGAACUGCAAAGAUGGGAGGAAAGAUCGGUAAAAAUAGAUAAAAUGUGAGCUGUUUUGCCGACUCGUCAUGCGUGGCUUACACGUCGUCGCUAGAAUGUAGAGGCAGGGCGAGCAUAACUAUUGCCAAGAGAAAUGGACGAGAUAAGUCCAUUGUUGGGCAAUCAGCCACAAGAGGACUCGGCUCUUCCAUCUCCGAAUCUGAGGCCAAGGCACCAGGAAUUGAUCCCAACACCAUGCGGCCCGAUAAAGCGUUGGUCGGAGCUGUCGUGCCUGGUAAAACUCUACUUCUGCUUCACCAUAAGCUCUCUGCUGGCACUAUUAGGCCUCACCGUGUACAGCAUCUACAGAGAGAGUGUGGACACCUCUGAUGAUGACUUCACCGUUUCCCUCAUCCAGCUGGUUGGGAUCUUGUUCUGUAUGUACUACAUUACCCGCGGCAUACUGCAGGAGAACAGACAGGAGCUGAUUGUCUUUGUGUUGAGUGUGUUGGUGGUCAUGGUGCGUUCAGUGGUCAACUUCACAAUUCUACCACCUCAGGACAAGCAGACAUUACUGGUACGGUUCGUGUGCAUUCUGUGUGUGGGCAUGGUCCAUGUCUUGUGCGCUUCAUUGCUUAUCAGAAGGCCCAACAUAAUGGCUUUCCGGGUUGGCGGGGCCUUGGAAAGCCUUCAAGAGCAAUACUUCCUGCUUAACCUGUGCUUCUCCAUGGUGACCUUUGACCUACAAGCUCAGUUGUGCCUAUGUAUCCUGAUCCAGGCGUCAGGGACGGCCAUGUCCCAUGUCAACACCAUCAUCCUGAGCUUUGGAGUCUUGUGGGCCUGUCUGACAGCUGCUGUUGGAGCCAUCGCAGUUUUAAAAGAAGUCAAGACCUUGGUUUGGGUCUUUGUCCUGCAAAAUAUCCCUCAAGUAGCCUUUUUUAUUUACCUUCUGUCUACGAUCAUCAGAAAAUGGGGCCAAGAGAAGUCCUACACCCUGGAGGCGGCUACCAUCACCGGAGCUUUGGUUUCGGUCGUGAUCAAGGCGGUGCUUUUCUGGGGGCUCCUCCGGCUCGUCCACAGCUUUGGCCAAGGUCUCAGGGAGAGGAUGUUUGAAUCCAACAAGAGAUAAGAGGUAAGCGCUGCUGGUAGGAGGACGGAUGACAGAAGAUUUGGUUCUGCCGAGCCGGCUGUUGAAAGGAGAGCAAAGUAGAACUUGUUUUUGGUUUUUUUCUCCUUCAUUAUUCCAGAAAUUGGAAAAUAUCUCUGACCAGCACUCAAAAAUGAGAGGCGAGUAUUUGAUGAGUAUGCUCCACUGGGUGUAAUGAGUUUACUGCAUUAUAUAGGUUUUUUUUUUCCAAUUAAGUUUAACUUGUACAUUUUAACAGUUUCUCUGUGUGCCUACCUUCAGGAUGUCAUUAGGCUGCAUGCACAACCUUUUAUAUGAAACUACAAUGUGGUCUUGAAGCCUUUAUUUUUUAACAAUUUUUAGUGGCCUCAUUUCUUUGCCAGCUCAGAGCACUCUAGGUUGAUUAAAACCAAAGAUUUUCUUCAGAGUGGCAUAAACCCUACUUUCAGCGACACUAGUGCUUUAUUUUGAGUUUUCAUGACACUGGAAUAAUUAUUAUUAUUUUUUAAAUUAUGCACUAUUAACUUUAAGGCCUGGACCACACUGCCUACCUGAACAGCACGUGCGCGCCACGGAACCUCUUGCUUUGUAUUUUGGCGCCCAUGUUAGCAGGUUAGAGCAGCCACACAGACCAAGUGAGCAGCGUUGCGACGCAGCUCUAGAAAACAGAUGUUACGCCUGUUUUUCUCUACGUGAGGUACACGGUUCAGCAAAUAUAGACGGGGAAAAUAAUCUGUUGACAGUCAUAUUGACAUCAUAUCCACAUGUCCCAUACCCAUGUCCCGUCUCUAAUGUAAAUUAGUUCUUGAUAAGCCCACCCCUGGAAACCUGUAGAGCAGAGCCGUAACCCCCUCAUAGAAAUGGUUUUUAAACUGAGCCAGGCCAAGUGAAGAGCAACUGCUGUGUAUUUUUUAUUCAUUUUAAGGUCAUGUAUUUUAAGCAUACGCUUUUAACUUUUUUCUAAGCUAAACUAAAUAUAAAUUAAAUGUAUAAUAAUUAAAUGAAAUAUUGGAUUAUUGAUGGCUUUUAUCAAAGGCAAACUCGGUGUAGAAAGAUGGGGCUGUCAGCAGCAGUGCUGUAUGUGUGGACACCACAUGCAUGCGAGCUGCAGCGGCUCGGCAAGGUAGCCGUCACACACAGGUAGAGAGAGGUAAGCGGUGUGGACCAGGCCUCACUCACAUGAAACUGUUGCUUAACAUUUCUGCUGCACUUUUACAACUGGAGAAGUCUUGUUUUUUAACUGGAGGUUCAUAUUAAAAUGUGAAAAAUCAACCUGAUG